AUGGACGUUCCCCGGGAAGUCAUGCACCACAUUCUCGACAAGUUGCCGAUCAAUGACGUGCUGAGGCUGCGCACCGUGCACAGCUCGUUCAACGACUAUUUUCUGUAUUCGCGGAAGACGUGCGAAUUCUUCGCGAUGACGUUGUAUCGAGCAGGCGACCAGUUCCCUACCGUCCUUAAAUUCGAACGUCGCGGCCGGACGUGGGAUCAAUUUGUGAAAGUGUUCGGCGUCAAUCGCCAGCUUGUUGUCGAGAUGCUGAUGAUGUCGAGUAUUGGCUCUUGUUCGCUCGAUGUUGGCGAGCUGGGGCGCGUAGCCACUUCUGGCCGUUUCCGGGCCCGGAUCAUUCAGAUCUGCGAGGGGAAAAUCGACGGGCCGGCGAGGGAUUUGAUUAAAGACUCCCGCCCACAGAUCAUCCACGUGAGUCAGUCGAUUGGCCGUGUGGAUAGCUGGGUGCCCGUACCUCCUACGUGUGAGAAGGUUACGGUGUAUUGGGCUGGCGAAUGGGGCAGCCCAGUCGAGGGUGGUCUUGUAGAAGACGGGGCAUACAAUACUUUAAUCGACCUCACGGAAGCGACCGGCUUGAAAGAAGUCUUCGUGAAUCACGUGAACCAGAGCAAGCUGACCUCCGAGGCGGUUAAGAUAAUCCUGAACAAGCUGCGCGCCGGGACCGAGACCAGGCCGAUGGUUUACGAAUUACGGGAAGAGCUGAAAAGCGGUUCUUCAAGCCGUUUCACGUGGACCUACGAAUUUGCAAACGGCCGCCAUUAUAUCAAUCAUCGCAAUGUCACAUUUUUCAUUACCAAGCCGGCGGAGAGCACA